AUGUAGCAGGUAACAUAUUGCAAUAUCGUGAAAACAUAAAUUAACGUGAAAUCUCAUGCGAAAAAGAAGAAGUCCAAAACCAAAACGCAGGCGGAAAGCAAAGCAACACGCGAAACAUCUUUCCAGAUGUGAUUUUUCGAAUAAGUACUUUUUUCACAAACGUGAUUCUCACAGUUCUCUUACGCGAAAACGCACCAAAACCAUUCAUGAUAUCACAUUUACAAUUCAGUAACAACAAUCGAAUCCCCUCUGAUUCACGACUUACGGCUCGGUAUCUUCCAUAUUUUCGAUUCAGAGUUAUGAUUCAAUUUUGUUCAAAUCGCGUUUGGAUUCAACUCAAAAUUUUCUUUGCAUUCAGGUCUUUGUUAUUGUUAUCGUGUUGUGAUCGAUUGUGGUUGACAAAUUUAUUAAGAAUUGGUGUCGUAUCAAACGUUUUGCAACUUGGGCGCCAAGUGUUAGGUGAUGGUAAUCAUGGAGAAAUUAGUGGUUAUGGAUUUUUUCUUGAAGUUGAAGAUUAUGGAGAAAAUAUAAUGGUUAUGGAAGUUUGGAAAAGAAAAGGUAAAGGUGGAUUGAUGGAGAUGAAGAUUUUGUGGUGAAUGGUUGAUUUUUGGUGAACUUUGAUUUUUUUUGGUGAACUUUGGAUUAUGAAGAUGAUAAUUGAAGAUUGAUGAUGGAAGAUUGAAGUUUGGUUGAAGAUGCUUGAAGAAUGGUUCAUGGUUAAAGGUUAAAGAUGAAGACUUGAAGUUUGAUUUUGGUGUAGUUUGGAAAAUGAAAAAUUGGUGAAAUGUCAUUUUUGUGUUUUUUUGUGUAUAGUGAUUAUGGAAAAUGAUG